CUUACCGGAAGAUCAAGGGGCUCCGCGCCGUCGGCAACCACGCGCUCAGUGAGGUCUGGGAAGACAACUUUGGCUUUCCAAGCUCCACGGCUUUCUGGACACAAUGAAGGUGAAGUACUGGACCAGUAUCAAUGUUGUUCGCAUUGGCAAUGCCGAAGAGUUCUUCCAUCCCCGUCGUCCCGUGGAUUGGCAUAAUACCUGCAUCUCUCUCUAGUGACGACGGUGUCCUCGUGGCCUCUCAGUGCCAAAACGAUAUUAUGUCGAGAUCCGAGAGUCGGUCGUUACCCGCUCAACUGGUUCCUCACCUUCUUUUCCGCCCCCACCAUCGAGCCUCUUACCGCUACGCUUGGUCUCUCCAUAAGAGCAAUAACAAGCUGUUCGAACAUAAGAACGAUAAAUUGCCAGCCUCAUCAUAAUGUGACCCUGUUCGGCGAUGCAGCGUUCAAAAGCUACCUUGAGUCCAUCCAGGGAUGAGAUCGGAGAUGACCGCCAGCGCUGCAUUAUCGAACUUUCUGAGGGAAGGACGGUUGAGUCCCGCAGCAAACAUGGGGGCGCAAAGACCGCGCAAGCCGAGUGACAUGCAUAAGGCAAACAACGACAAAAGAAACGCUCAACACGCUCUUAAGUUAACCCAGGACGUUUCGACUCACUGGGCCCGCGCUCCGGAGAGGCUGCAUUCUUAGGCCACCGUCAUUCC